CGGCGACCAUCAAAGUUUGAGAAUAUCUCUCUUUAUCAUACCUUAGUUCUCGCCAGGGCCUUCUCCCCCACGCUACACCUUACUACCAUCGGCCCCAUCUUCUCGUUCGUCCAGUAUUGUGUCUGCAGGGCAACGUUGUGGAUCUGAUAAUUUUUUGAGUAACCAAAUAUCCGCGUGCUCCACGUAAUCCCAUCCACCUGUGUUAAACCCCGCCAAAAUCGUAAUGAACGCCGAGGAGGAAGUCAUGAGAAUCCAGAAGAAGCUAACGAAAAUGUCAAAUGCGGACGGGACGGUGAGUGUGAGGACAGGAGCAAGCUCUGGAGCUCCUCAAGAUCUUGCAAAAAUUGCCAGUCGAUUUGGAGCUACUUACCAAAACCAGGAUAGGAAUGACUGUCAACGCAUUACGUAAAUCCAGUCACGAUGAGGAAGUUAUAUCGCUGUCGAAGACGUUGAUUAAAAAUUGGAAGAAAUUUUUGAAUGCUUCAAACAAAGAUGGAAAGGAUUCGGGGUCGACGAGCAGCUCUAAGAAAAAAGAAGAACGUUCAGAAAAGUCCAAAGACGACGACAGGAAGAAAGAUUCAGACAGCGGCGACGUUAAAAGUAAAGAUGACAAGUCUAGGAAGGAUAUGGAUAAGAAGCAAACCUCCUUCCCCGCAGCCACCACUACUGAUGCUGUCAGACUGAAGUGUAGGGAACUUCUGGCCGCUGCUCUGAGGGUCGAUGGUACAACUAUUGACGGAUGUGCAUCCCCUGAGGAACUCGCCGAGGAACUGGAGGAGGCUAUUUAUUCUGAAUUUAAAAAUACUGACAGCAGAUAUAAAAAUAGGGUUCGUAGUCGGGUUGCCAAUCUUCGCGACGUUAAGAAUCCCACCCUGAGGACGAAUUUCCUCGUGGGGGCGAUUCCAGCGAAACGUCUUGCUGUAAUGAGUGCCGAGGAAAUGGCCAGUGACGAGAUUAAACAGCUACGGGACAAAUUCAAGAAAGAAGCCAUAAAUGAUGCUCAACUAGCCACCGUACAGGGCACGAAAACCGAUUUACUGAAAUGUGGAAAAUGUAAACAGCGUAAUUGCACGUACAAUCAAGUGCAGACUAGAUCCGCCGACGAGCCCAUGACCACCUUUGUGCUGUGUAAUCACUGUGGCAAUCGAUGGAAAUUCUGCUAGGGGCUUCCACUAUUAUUUUACAAUAUUCUACUUCUGUUAUCAAAUUCUACUUUUUUGAUUUGACGAUGGAAACGCUCACAUAAUUCAUCAAAACCCAACAUCUAACCUCAAUAUUUUCUUCUCAAGUUCUGUUUUAUCGAGGGAUAAUCAAUUACGACAGAAUUGCAGAUGCUUUCAACAAUUUAAUUGAACUACAAUAACGUCCGUUCCAAAAUUAAAGAUUAAUGAUUAUUUAUAAAAUGAGGUGGAAGGUGGAGACACCUUUGUAAUUCGUGCUUCGCUGAAUGAAAUUUGAUUUUAAGUGAUUUGUACAUCAACUUUAUGAUCAUGUCACGUGUAUUCGUGUGUAUAAUAUUCUAUUGAAGUCCCUAAGAAGAGAUUUACACUCUAUUUUUAGGGUCCUGCUCGCUGUCAGGCUCACUUCUGCAUAUUACAGAAAUACGUCUACCUUUGAUUAUCUUCUCUCCUUGAUAUAUCGAUUCUUCUGGGCCUAAUACCUCAUGAUUGUACUUUUGACGAGCUACACCACUGAAAAUAAACGCCAUUAAAAUAUU